UGCGUCAACACCGAGUCCUGGUAAAUCCCUCAGCCCAUGGUGUUACGAGUCUGUCGGCCUUGUUUCAUCCAUGCAGUGUCCAGUGUCAGUGUGAGACAUGCAGGACAGGUAUAACGAGAUCGGCUUCGUCCAGCAGAUACUCGGGUUGAAUUUAGUGCCGAGGAAAAAUGGCACGUACCGAGGAAACGACACACAUCUCUCAGCGACUUCUCAGAUGUGGUACGGAGUGUUUCUGUGGGCGGCGGUCUCCUCGCUGGUCUUCCACCUGCCUGCAGCCCUGCUCUCCCUUGCCACGCUGCGCCAGCACAAGAUGGCCCGAUUCAUGCCCAUCGCCAUCCUCCUCAUGGGCAUCGUGGGGCCAGUUUGUGGGGGAGUCCUCACCAGUGCAGCCAUAGCAGGUGUGUACAAGGCAGCAGGGAAGAAGAUGAUCUCUCUGGAGGCUCUCGUGUUCGGUGUAGGACAGUCAUUUUGCGUCGUCGUCAUCUCCUUCCUCAGGGUACUUGCUACCCUUUAGCAGUGCUGAGGGCCGUCUGGCGCUGCCGGGUGAGUCUGACACCAGUCGCACCUUCUCUUGACGGGACCUGAAUUUGACACGGUAUGGGACAAAAUCCCUGACAAAUCAUGGAACACAUGUACUCCAGUCAGGCCCGGGACAUGAUGUCAUUUCCUACUGAUGGACCAAGACCGGAGCAGAUUUGAUUAAGCGGUCAGAGACGGAGCAGCGUGUUCUGCAGCAUUAAGCCUUCUGACUUGCUUGCCGUGUGUAUGAUGUCCUUUGUAAGACAACACGAUGCUGCAUUCACAUCACGGGACAACCACACACUACACACAGUACAAGCUGAACACUUCAGUGAAGUCUGGAGUGCAGUGAGGAUGCAGUAUAGAGUGCCCCAGUGAUGAUGUUUUUCUGUAGGCCGACGCAGAAGCUAACAUUGCCCUGGUUCCCUCAUCAAAAAGCCUGUGUGAUUUUUCCAUUGGAUUUUGGGUCAUUGCAGAAAAUAAGCUCUGUGAUAAACAAAUGUUAAUGAUACUAAAAGGUUUUAUUAAGCAAGAUAACCUUCACAAAUUAAUUUUCAGGAAAACUUUCAGGAUUUUUUAAGCGAUAAUGCAAUCGCCAGAAGUAAAAAGCAAUUGCUAGGCAAAAAUGAACGACGCUAUGGUCAUGUCGCCACUGCUACGAGGCUGUAAAGCCGUUUGAGGCGCGGUUUGGCGUGAUGACGUUCUGUAGUCUGGUUUAGUCACUUGUUAGCAAUUGUCUUUUGCAUCAAAGUUUGCAAGUGGGGUAUUUACUGUAGUAUUUUAUGUCGUAGAACAAAACAUGAAAGUCUCUUCAGCCUGUUUUUAGGCUUUUAAACCAAAACCCAAUCAAAAUCCAUUGACCUUGAGAGGAAGGAACUGGAGGUGCUAAAAUGCUAACAGAUUUCCAGGUUUUAGGACUCAUUACUGGGGUUCUCUAUUUUAAAAUUAUCAUUUUGUUUGCAGUUAUUCCUUUUUGAUGUGAAGGCAGCAGGAUGCUGUUCUCCCCUGUUGCCGCGGUUACAGGUUAGCAGCAGGAAGACACUAACCUUUCUCAGGGGCUGUGUGUAUGUGUGUGUAUGUGUGUGUGUGUGUCUUUCGCCAUCAGUCUGAUAACAGUUUGACUCCAUGCAGUGACUGCAGAGAGGCAGAAUAACAGGCUGAUGCACUGUUGAGACAGGAAGAUGGUGGUUAUAUGCAAGAUUCUGGCUUUUUCCCCCUCGAGGCCUUAAUUUCUAUUUUCUAACUUCCAAAGUGGUGUUUAUCUUCAGGGCUGUCUUUCUUUAACACUGUCUCUUGCUGCUCUUUUUGUUCCUCCUUGUAUUUUUGGUUCAGAUUAAUCCAAGUCUGACUGCCUUUGUGUUCUUGUUAAUUCCACACGCACCUACACACCCCCUCAAGCUUCCCGAGAUUAUUUAUUUUAGACAAGCAAAGAGGUUUUUAUAGAUGACAUUUUUA